UCUUUUUGUAAUUUCCUUUCCUUUCUUUUUGCCAAACACUGACGUGUACUCUCUUAACAGCUAUCCAUCAGCCCCCCAAUUUCAAUUUGGCGGAAUUUUCGCUAAAUUAAGUUCUUCAAAUCCAAGAAAAAUCCUAUAAAUUCAAACCCCCUAUCCUUUUAUCUUCAGUGCUUACUCCCAAAUCAUAUAUAUAUUUUAAUUUUCAACUUAGGGUUUUUGAUUCUGAGUAAAAAGGGGAAAAAAUGAAAGCUUCACUGAAAUUUCGCGAAGAGAAAAGGCCAGUGUUAAGAGCGAAAAUACCUUUAAGCAUAUUCGGCUUGCCGUUUCAAUCAGGACUCCUCGCCGGCGAAACUAAGGAGCUUACUUUAAAUCUUUCUACCUUCUUCGAAUCUGGACCGUCCAUCAAGGUCGCCUACCGACCUAAUGACACGUGGAACCCUUUCUCUCUCAUCGUCAAGAUUGGAACUGGACCCUUCGGUUCUCCCAUCUCCAGUUCUAUGCUUAUGAGUGCUGAGUUCAACCUCCUUGGCCAUGGAAACCCUAGCUUUAUGCUCCACUUUAAGCCUCAGUUUGGGGAUUUCUCCAUCAAGAAGUCACAGUCUUCGCUUUUCGAUAAAGCCGUGAAGCCAAGAAAUGGCGUCGUUUUGGAGGAUGCCUCGUCAAUUGAAGUGAUGGAUAUGCCUGCUGUUAACGGCGAUUCCAUCAGGUUCUUUGCCGAGAAAAGAAAACUAGCGGAUUUGAGUUCGAGGGAUAUCGCGGGGAUUCUGUCUGGAAUAGAGGUAGCAGCGAGGACCACAGUGCCAGUGAAGGGAAAGGCGUUGGUCAAUUUCCGGUGGGGAAUGAGGAUCCCGUCAGAGAUGAAGAGCGGUGUAGGCGGAAUCGUUGAUCCGAAGACUGGAGUUUCUUUGACGAAGAUUCCAUUUCUGGUGAUGGAUAAGAUUGGUAUCGAACAUGUGGACGGCGCCGAUUCAAAGCAGGCUAUAUCCACCGCCAGCAAAUCGGGUCUAGGGGAGGCUCCGAAUUCUGACGUUGUUGAAGCAUGUUAUAUAUUGAAGCGACAGUUGGAAGCUUUGCAGUCUGAGAAUGGGUUAUUGAAGAGAGCCGUAGAGGAUCUCAGGCGAGAAAUCUCCGGCGGAAAAUUCGGAGAUUUAAACUCUGGCAAGUAUAGAGAAAUGGAAUGGGAUGGGUUUAGUAAAUCGAAAAAGGAGAGAAGAAACAAUGAGAAUAAAUCAAUGGAAGGAGAUUUGAACGAAGAGUUGAAGAAUGCAUUGAAGGGAGCUGCCGGAGCUUGAAGUUGUCUACACAUAAUGUAAUAUUGGAGUCAUGGGCACAACUAUUGCUACGACCGUAAGAUUGGAGUCAUGGGCACGACUAUUGCUACGACCUUCGGCACGACAAACAAUUUGAUCAUAAGCUAUACACGGAAGUUGAUUAUAGCAUCCAAUCCUUGUGGACUCGACUCUAAUAUCACUCUUACUACUAAUUAGAGUUAUUUUGUAGAAAUUAUAUUUGGUGGUUUCGACGCCUAUCAGUCAGGGUGAGGUAAAUAAUUAUCAUAAUUGUUUCAUACUUACUUUCCAAAAAAAAAAAUCUACUUUUCUUUGCCUUGCACCAAUAUUUAAAAAUAAAUGCGCUUCAUUCAAUGUGAAUUAAUUUGGAAUCCAUCGGAGAAUUUGAGUUUUGUCAUCCCUAAUUGUAUCCGGUAAAUAUUUGAAGAUUUUAUUAUUUAUGCAAUUAGCUGGUAAA